AUGGAGCAGAGCCGGUGGAGUCUUGACUCCGAUGAGAUGGCCUCGUGCCUACCCUCGCGGCCAUCAACGCCGCAGGCCGUCAAGGCUCUUCUUCGCUCCCCGGGGUCCCCCUUGAGGACUCUGGGGAAGAAGUUGAGCCAGACGGCCUUGUCUGUGCGGAGCCGAAAGGCUUCGCCAGACAGAGGGGACGGUACGAGGCUGAAUGAUCACGUGAGUGAUUCUUCACGUCCUGUCGCACCCCUCUACAACAGACGUAGAGGAGGGUCUUUUAGGCCCUUGUCCAUUGUGACUGGACAGCCGUUUGAAUUUGAUGUGAAUCUGGCAAUGGAAAUUGUCCAAAACCACUCAAAUUGCGCCUCUCCGACCCGCGACCCUGUCAAGCAAAGUCGCUCCCCCAAAGGCAUGAAAGUCCUACGAGAAGACGACGCAAAGACAAUCAAACCUACUCCGUCUCUCGCCAUGCCACUGCCGGGCCUCUCAGCUCAACCUGGCGCUGUGCCACCCUCAUCUCCUCCAGUGAAUGCCAACAAUGGCCACAUUCUCACACCCAAGCGGCACAAAGUCAUCGAACGACCCUUCCACCAUCUGACGAGAAUCCCAGCACCAGACAUCAGCCAGCAUCCAAUGAACCAACCAAAUCCCUUUUCCUCCACGAGUGACGCGCCGUCGCUGCUCACCACGUCCAAGAAAGAAGAAAUCAAGCGGAUGGUGAGAGAAGCUAGACGACGGUUCGACGAGAAGGAGCGCGAAGCUGAGCGUGAAGAGGCGGAACGUGAAAAAGCUGAACAUGAAGCUCGGCUGAAAAACAGAAUCAAGUUCGACACACUGCCAAAACCAGGGAACGCGUUCGUCAGAGGUAGUCACGACAAUGGCAAGGUCCAGGACAGCCCAUUCAGCGCGAAGCCCAUCGGCACGGAAGACUCUAUGAGUCCAAAUCCACCGGAGCCGUUUGCUUGUCGACCCAUCUUGCCUCGUUCGAUGCCACGACAAAGCUCUGAUGCUGCCAACACCUACGAUCUCAGCAGGAACCUGUCAACAUUCCAAAUUGGUACCGAGAACGUCCAGACUGAUAUCUUCAACGUCUCCAAUGAAGGCUCACCCAUGGCUGGCGCAUCUACUCCAGGCAGGACUCCCUUCGACAGCAGCAAGCCGGUCGUUACCCCAGUUUCGGACGGAUUUGAGCAGAAGAAGACUGGUCUACGCAAGGUCACUGAUUUGUUCAAGACAAAAUCUGAGAGGCCUCAACCCGACUUCGCCUCGCCCAAGAAUGUGGACAUGCUUCACCGACCUGAUCUUGAACGUUACUUGCGCACCACCACCAACAAUUACAGUUAUGACUAUGAUGAUGGACAGCCAUAUCCACGUCACCCAAACACUAGCCGCGCCUGGCAUUCUCGCAACCUCAAAUGCACUACUUGCCUCGAUCACUGCUGCGCCGUCUGCGGUCGCGCCUGCUGUGCCUACAAAGCCGCUGCGCUCGCCGUCAAGAUCCAGAAGGACAAUCCAGAAUCCCUAAAGACGGCAGAAGAGAGACUUCUCCAGAUUGCUUUCCUAUUCCCAUAUGGCCAAGAAGCACCGACUUUUCUUCAAUGCACCAAGGGUGGCGAAAUCGGCUGCGGCAAGAUGGUCUGUCCCGAUUGCUGUGGAGAAUGCCCCAAUCCAAUCUGCAAAGACAUUCAGUGUCGAAAGUGCAAGAAGAACCCAUGGGCAGAAUGCUUGUGGCAUGAUGAGGAUAUGAAUCGCCGCGCUCUAUGA